UAUACAGGGAUCGAGGGCAAAUGAGAGCUCAUCGGCUAGUAUAGUAUACAUCUUGACUCGAUAUAUUUUUUUAUAGUGAUAUAUUUUUCCUUCCUUGAUGCAGAAAAUAUAUUUUGUUUACCAUACAUCCAUGUAGCUCUCUCGCCCCACACCCUCACACUAUUCUACUACCGUACACCCUCCCUCUUCCACUGCACAUAGAUGUAAUGUUGGUAUCAGCGUUUUUUCCAAUAACCGAUGUCUGUGUGCAUCCCGCCUCCCUGCGCUCUCAAAUAGAUGGUGCAAGUCAAAAUGUCCAAAUCGUCCGCAGACCCACUGCCUGGUGUCGAAACAGGCUCACAGUCUCACAAUUUUCAGCUGCCCAGGAAGUUGCCUAAGAGGAAAAGUCGGUUCAAACGUUCGGAUGGCAGCACGUCCUCAGACACCACCUCCAGCUUCAUCAAAAGACAGGGGUCGGCUGAUUCGUACACCAGUAGGCCGUCGGAUUCCGACCUGUCAGCAGAGGAGGACCGCGAGGCGUAUCGGCGUGAAGCCGAGCAGGCCCAGCUCCAGCUCGACAGAGCUAAGUCUAAACCUGUAGCGUUUGCGGUGAAGACCAACGUGGCUUUCUGUGGGGCUCUGGAUGAGGACUGUCCCGUUCAAGGAGCUGCAAUCAACUUCGAAGCCAAAGACUUCCUGCACAUUAAGGAGAAGUACAACAAUGAUUGGUGGAUUGGUCGUCUGGUGAAGGAGGGGGCGGACAUUACCUUCAUCCCCAGCCCUUUACGCCUGGAGGCUAUGAGACUCAAACACGAGCAAAGGAAAAGAGGGGGGAACUCUUCCUCCAGUCUGGGUGACAUGGUGUCUGGGAGCUGGAGGACAACGCCGCCAUCUGGUGACAAACCGAAGCAAAAGCAGGAACACAUUCCUCCAUAUGACGUGGUCCCGUCUAUGCGGCCGGUGGUCUUAGUGGGGCCGUCACUGAAGGGGUAUGAGGUGACAGAUAUGAUGCAGAAAGCUCUGUUUGACUUCCUGAAACACAGGUUCGACGGACGAAUCUCCAUCACACGCGUUACGGCAGACCUUUCUCUUGCCAAGAGAUCUGUGCUCAACAAGAGGCCCAUCAUGGAGAGAUCCAAUGCUCGCUCUAGCCUGGCCGAGGUCCAGAGUGAGAUAGAGAGGAUAUUUGAGCUGGCCAAAACCCUCCAGCUGGUGGUUCUGGAUGCAGACACCAUCAACCACCCAGCCCAGCUAGCCAAGACUUCCCUGGCCCCUAUCAUCGUCUACGUCAAAGUGUCCUCGCCAAAGGUGCUCCAGAGGCUGAUCAAGUCCCGGGGGAAGUCUCAGAGCAAACACCUGAACGUGCAGAUGAUGGCCGGGGACAAACUGUCUCAAUGCCCCCCUGAGAUGUUUGAUGUCAUUUUGGAUGAGAACCAAUUGGAGGAUGCGUGUGAGCACUUGGCUGAAUACCUAGAGAUCUACUGGCGCGCCACUCAUCUUCCCGACACCACCCCCAUCAACCCGCUAUUAGAGCAGAACCUCAUGACCCCGCCCUCAGCCAACUCUAGCCUACAGACCCAGAAUAAGAACCAGCCCCCAGCGCAGCACAGCAGUGUGGGGGUGGAAGGUGAGGAGGUGGAGGCCCACUCCCCUCUGGAGCAGGACAGCCUGAUGCCGUCUGAAGAAGGCUGCGACUCCCUGUCCCGCGGCCUCCUUGGGGGCCCACACCUCCGGGGGGACGAGGAGGACGAGGAGCUGGUGGAGGAAUUAGAAGAGGAACUAGAUGAGGAGGAUGAGUUUGAGUCCCCUUGCCACGCCCAAACUUACAGGGACAGGUACCCCCCUCACCGUGGUCACCGCGGGGGCGUCCACAGCACCAACGGGCAUGAAUCACAGGACAGGCUGCUCCAGCGCGAUGCCCAGCAGGGGCACAACCAGCGCAACAACUGCCAACGCAGCCGCCCCUGGCCCCGAGACAACUACUGACAUUUCUAACGUACCCUUGAACCGAGACCAACUACUGACAUCUUCUAGCGUACCCCUGGCCCCAAGACAACUACUGACAUCUCUAAUGGUACCCCUGGCCCCGAGACAACUACUGACAUCUCUAAUGUACCCCUGGCCCGAGACAACUACUGACAUUUCUAAUGUACCCCUGGCCCCAAGACAACUACUGACAUCUCUAACGUACCCCUGGCCCGAGACAACUACUGACAUCUCUAGCGUACCCCUGGCCCCAAGACAACUACUGACAUCUCUAACGUACCCCUGGCCCCAAGACAACUACUGACAUCUCUAGCGUACCCCUGGCCCCAAGACAACUACUGACAUCUCUAACGUACCCUGCCCCGAGACAACUACUGACAUCUCUAACGUACCCCUGGCCCCGAGACAACUACUGACAUUUCUAGCGUACCCCUGGCCCGAGGACAACUACUGACAUCUCUAACGUACCCCUGGCCCCAAGACAACUACUGACAUCUCUAAUGUACCCCUGGCCC